AUGCCCAACAAAAUCAAGAAAGACAAGGAAACCGGCAAAAGUGGCAAAGUCGGCGCCAACAAAGACGUUUCCACGGACGACGGCGGUGGUGAGCGUCCAAGCAGUCAGGGAAGCACGCCGCCACCCACUCAGCUGCACAAGAUCAAAUACUGCGGCGGUCCUCAAGUGGUGAAGAAGGAGCGGCGUCACAGCUCCUCUCGCUUCAGCAUCAGCGGCAACCGAGAGCUCAGUAAACUCCCCGCCCUCAAAGACGCGGCGGUGGAGGAUCGCGAGGAACUUUUCGUGCAGAAGCUCCGGCAGUGCUGCGUUCUUUUCGACUUUGUCAGCGACCCGCUCAGCGACCUCAAGUUCAAAGAGGUGAAGAGAGCCGGACUCCACGAGAUGGUGGACUAUAUCACGCACAAUGCCGACGCGCUCACCGAGGCCGUUUACCCCGAGGCUGUCGGCAUGUUUUCCGUCAACUUAUUCCGGACACUACCCCCUUCCUCCAAUCCCACCGGAGCAGAGUUCGACCCCGAGGAAGACGAACCCACGCUGGAGGCCGCCUGGCCUCACCUGCAGCUUGUUUACGAGUUCUUCCUGCGCUUCCUUGAGUCUCCGGACUUCCAAGCCAACGUGGCCAAAAAAUACAUGGACCAAACCUUCGUCUUGUCGCUUCUGGAGCUGCUGGACAGCGAGGAUCCUCGAGAAAGAGACUUCCUGAAGACCAUCCUGCACAGGAUCUACGGAAAGUUCCUGGGACUGCGCGCAUACAUCCGGCGGCAGAUCAACAACAUCUUCUACAGGUUCAUCUACGAGACGGAACAUCACAACGGAAUCGCGGAGCUGUUGGAGAUCCUCGGAAGUAUAAUCAAUGGCUUCGCUCUUCCGCUCAAAGAAGAACACAAAAUGUUCCUGAUCCGAGUUCUUCUGCCGCUUCAUAAAGUCAAGUCCCUCAGUGUAUAUCACCCACAGCUAGCGUACUGCGUGGUCCAGUUCCUGGAGAAGGAUAGCAGUCUGACAGAACCGGUGAUCGUGGGCCUGCUGAAGUUCUGGCCCAAGACCCACAGUCCCAAGGAGGUGAUGUUCCUCAACGAGCUGGAGGAGAUCCUGGACGUCAUCGAGCCGGCCGAGUUCGUCAAAGUCCACCAGCCGCUCUUCCGGCAGUUGGCCAAGUGCGUGUCCAGCACUCACUUCCAGGUGGCCGAGCGCGCUCUCUACUACUGGAACAAUGAGUACAUCAUGAGUUUGAUCAGCGACAACGCAGCUAGCAUCCUUCCCCUCAUGUUUCCCGCUCUCUACAAGAACUCCAAGAGCCACUGGAACAAGACCAUCCAUGGGCUUAUCUACAAUGCUCUCAAACUCUUCAUGGAGAUGAACCAGAAACUUUUUGACGACUGCACCCAACAGUACAAGAGUGACAAACACAGAGAAAAACACCGGAUAAAGGAGCGGGAAGAAAUCUGGAACAAACUGGAAGAACUGGCCAGACAAAAUCCUCAGAGUGAUGAGCUCCUCCCCCCGCGACCCGGAUUCGGCGGCCAGGAAGCGUUGUGCAGCAUGCCUGCCGCGGACGCUGACGUUCCCACGCUAGAGGACAUUCAGUUGUUGAAGAAGGCGGUGGCCAGCCAAGCGCUGAUGGUAUCCAAGGACUCUUUGGCAGAUGCCAAAGCGAGCCGCCGGAAGUCGGAACUCCCGCAAGACGUUUACACCAUCAAAGCGUUGGAGGCGCACAAGAGGGCGGAGCAUUUCCUCACAGCUAAUCAGGAGGCUCUUAGCUAA